AUGAGGUUCACCGUACUUGCCGUUGCGGCUUUGACAACUCUUACCACCGCUCUUCCCUCCCCCCCGGAGGACAAGAAGCACCACGUCAUCUUCUCACCCGUCGGUGCCCCCCACCAUCCAGAGCACAAGCUUGGGCAUCUUGGAAAGCCCCGGGAGGGGAACGUCGAGGUGCUGCCUUCUGCCGACGGCGACAACUUCAAGGUGAUCAAGAUCAGUCCGGACCACCACGGCAAGCCGGCCCCGGGUCCCAUCAAGCUCGAGUCUCGGCCGUUUAAGAUUGAUCACAAGUUCGACAACAAGGGGGAUCAUAAGCACGACCACAAGCCCUGCUGCCCGUUCGACAAGCACGACCACAAGCAUGAUCACAAGCCCUGCCCCUAUCAUAAGAAGAUCGAGUACAAACCUGACGAUAAACCGUGCCCAUUCCAUAAGAUCGAGCACAAGAAGGAAGAUAAACCGUGCCCGUACCAGAAGCCCGAGCACAAACACGAGCCUAAGCCGUGCCCAUACCAUAAGAUCGAGCACAAGCCCCUCGACAAGCCCUGCCCGUAUCAGAAGCCCGAGCACAAGCAUGAGCAUAAGAUCUACCCCAUCCCGAAGCUCGACAACAAGCCCGACUGCAAGAAGGAGCACAAGCCGGAGCCCCCCAAGCCGGAGCAUCCCAAGCCUGCGCCUCAACCUACGCUCGAGGGAGAGUGCAGCCCAGGAAUCUACGAGUGCACAUUCAACCCGAGAUCCGGCUCUGCCGGCUGGAAGGUCUGCAGCUCGAGUGGAAAGUGGGAGUACGGAGGAGACUGCCCCCCGAACACGGUAUGCAAGUAUUAUACGCCUAGCAAGAGCCCAUACUGUGUUCCUAGGUACUUUGAGUUUCCAUAG